AUGGAGCCCCUUUCCCCUCGGGCGCUUAACGAUUGCCCCGUAGGCAAGCAGUGGUAUGUCUGCACGGCAGGCGACUUCCAUGGAUGCUGCUCAACCGAUCCGUGUACAUCGGGCGUUUGUCCAGACUUCGACCCCGACGACAAUGGUGAUAGCUCGAGUCCCUUGACGGAGCUUACGGAUCUGGUGCUAACAAAAACUGCGCCAGGCCCUAUGGUGCCCGACGUACCUCCCAGGACCACGACUACUUCUGUGGCAGCUCUGCCUGAAUCUACCUCUGCGGAUACGACGGCCUCUGCGUCUUCCCCAAUAGUGUCCUCGACUAGCUCCGAAAUAGCAGCAGGUUCGGUGGCACCCUUACCCUUGGAGGAAACCCCGGCCUCAGAGACAUCCACACCUACACUCCCAGUCACAAGCGAGGCUUUGGAUGUUCCUACAAGUUCUGACACAUCUAUUGUCACAGGAGCUACAACGGGUGCCACAGCGGCGUCUUCCGUCCUUGCCGCCAGCAAUGGAAUCGCAUCUCCAUCCAGCACUCCAUCCGACACCCCAAGCACCGCAUCGUCAAAUCUAGGCGCAAUAAUUGGCGGCGUAGUCGGUGGCGUCGGGGCCUUGAUAAUAUGCGCCAUCAUUGUCUUCUGCUGCUGCCGCCGGAAGAAGAAAACCGGGAAAUACUCAAGCCUCGCAUGGUACCCAUCCAAAGCCCGAAAAGAGCGAGCAACCGCAUCAGAGAUGAAAGGCCCCAUAUCACCAUCCGACAGCGAAGCAAACACCUCCUCCUUCUCCCCGUUCACGAACAGCACUAGACCCAAUACCCUUCUAUCCCCCGAUCUAACCCUCAGCAACUCCUCAACAACAAACCUAAGCACCCACUCCUCCCCUAGCAAAAAGCCCCUAAUCCCCCCAACACCGCCACACACAAACGAGCUCUUCGCCUCCGUCCCACCGCGCCAGGGCUUCACCCCGGAACUCCCAGACACAGGCUUUUACCGCGUCCGCGCCGAACUAGCCUCUCACGCCCCAAGCGAGCUAAUAAACCUCCCAAUGGAGCGCCGCCGACAACAGAACAUAAUCAAGAACCGACCCGGUCCGAGGUCCUGGGAAUCGCCCGCCCUAACGCCUAACAGCCAAACAAGCCAAAGCCCUCCCCUGAGUAUAGGGAACAGUACCAGCACAGCCCACAGCCGCAGCCAGAGCGAUAGCACCCAGCCAAACAGCCAGAGUGGACGCGUUGUGACGGCCGAGGGCGUCGUACUGGGCGCAAAUCUGGAUCGGUAUUCUACUGGGCUUGAAAUUGGGGAGCGGGUGAGGGAGGAGAGGGAGGCGGGGGGUAGAGAGCGUGGUCCUGAGCAUGUUAUGAGUUUCAUGCAGUAUGCUGAGAGGCCUGAGCGGGAUGGGCUCGGGAUUGCGAUGGGUGGGCAGAAUUCUGGUGGUUCUGCUGGUGAAGAGAGUGUGUCUAGAGUUCGGAGGAGGCCGGUAGAGAGGAGUUUGCAGGAUGAGAUUGUUGCUGUGGAGGGGGAGGGGGAUGUGCCGCCAGCUUAUGAGGCUGAAGAAGGGGGGUCGGGGGAUCUUAAGUCUCCGUCUGGGAGGAUGGGGAUGAGUAUGAGGGGUGGUUGA